AGAAAGCGUAGAAAUAAGAGAAUCCAUUCAGGCCCAUUAACGGCUUAAAAGGCCUUAAAAAGGCUAUAUAUUAUUUGUUUAUUUCAAUUAAAGAAAAAGAAAAAAAGCUCUAGAAGAAAUGGCUCCCAAGAACAACCGUGGAAAGACAAAAGGAGACAAGAAGAAGAAGGAAGAGAAAGUUCUCCCGGUUAUCGUGGAUGUCAUUGUAAACCUUCCGGAUGAGACGGAGGCUAUUUUGAAGGGCAUAUCAACGGACAGGAUCAUAGAUGUUCGGCGGCUUUUAUCGGUUAACUUUGACACUUGCCACGUCACCAAUUAUUCGCUCUCCCAUGAGAUAAGAGGAUCGCGGUUAAAAGACACAGUAGAUGUGUCGGCGCUUAAACCCUGUGUUCUCACGUUAACGGAAGAGGAUUACAAUGAAGGAACAGCAGUGGCGCACGUUAGACGUCUGCUUGACAUCGUCGCCUGCACCACUUGCUUUGGUCCGUCGCCGGAGAAAUCAGACUCUGUGAAAAGUGCGCAGGCUAAGGGAGGUGGAAAGAAUUCCAAACACUCGGAGACGUCGCCUCCGCCGUCUCCUGCGUCGAAGGAUGCGGUGGUUGAUGAAGCCGGAGAAACUAGCCACUCUUUCCCUAAGCUUGGAAGUUUCUACGAGUUUUUCUCUCUUGCUCAUCUCACUCCUCCUCUUCAAUAUAUUCGGCUUGUGAGUAAGCGGGAAACUGAAGACAUAUCGACGGAAGAUCAUCUUCUCUCCAUUGAUGUGAAGCUUUGUAAUGGGAAGCUCGUUCAUAUUGAAGGUUGCAGAAAAGGAUUUUACAGCAUUGGGAAACAAAGAAUCAUAUGUCACAAUCUUGUUGAUUUGCUUAGACAAAUCAGUAGAGCCUUUGAUAAUGCUUACAGUGAUCUUCUGAAAGCAUUUUCGGAGCGCAAUAAGUUUGGAAAUCUUCCAUAUGGAUUUAGAGCUAACACAUGGCUCAUCCCGCCUACGGCGGCGCAGUCACCAGCAGCGUUUCCGCCUCUCCCUGUUGAGGAUGAGAGAUGGGGAGGGGAUGGUGGUGGUCAAGGGAGAGAUGGCAGUUACGAUUUGGUUCCAUGGUCCAACGAAUUCGCCUUUAUUGCUUCUAUGCCUUGCAAAACAGCAGAGGAGAGACAAGUCAGAGACAGAAAAGUGUUUCUUCUUCACAACCUCUUUGUUGAUGUCGCGACUUUCAGAGCCAUCAAGGCUGUUCAGAAAGUAAUGGCUGAGCCAGUACUGACUGAAGAAGACUCUGAAGUUCUAUAUUCCGAGACAGUUGGAGACUUGAGUGUUACGGUCACAAGGGAUACUUCAAAUGCAAGUAGUAAAGUGGAUACAAAAAUCGAUGGGAUUCAAGCCACUGGUUUGGAUAAAAAGAAGCUGAUGGAACGGAAUCUUCUCAAGGGACUUACUGCUGAUGAAAAUACUGCUGCUCAUGAUGUUGCUACUUUAGGAACUAUAAGUCUUAAGUAUUGUGGUUACAUUGCUGUUGUGAAAAUAGAGAAGGAGAGUGAGGAGUUAAGCCCACCUUCUCAAAUUGUUGACCUCCUUGAACAGCCUGAAGGUGGUGCUAAUGCUCUAAAUAUCAACAGUUUGAGAUUCCUUCUCCAUAAAUCCUCUCCUGAGCAGAACAAGAAAACACCUCAGCAACAGGAUGAUGAGCUUACAUCUUCACGGGAAUUUGUUAGUAAAAUGCUGGAAGAAAGCAUUGUUAAGCUUGAGGAAGAGGAGAUAGACAGGGAUAGUAUCAUGAGAUGGGAGCUUGGAGCUUGUUGGAUACAGCAUUUACAAGACCAAAAGAAUACAGAGAAGGACAAAAAACAAACCAGUGAAAAGUCUAAGAAUGAAUUGAAGGUUGAAGGGCUUGGAAAACCGCUUAAGUCCCUCAAUAGCAGCAAGAAAAAAACAGAUGUAAAUAGCCCUAAGACGCCGGUAUCGUCUCAAGUUGAUGCGAUUUCUUCAGAGGCUGAUAUUGCUGCAACAACUGCAUCUUUGCAAUCCGAUGCUGAGAAGAAUGCUCAAGAAAAUGUGCUCAUCUUGAAGAAUUUGUUGUCUGAUGCAGCCUUCACUCGCCUAAAAGAGUCAGAUACUGGACUUCAUCACAAGUCUUUGCAAGAACUUGUCGACUUGGCACAGAAUUAUUAUACUGAAGUUGCUAUACCAAAAUUGGUUGCAGAUUUUGGUUCGUUGGAGCUCUCCCCAGUCGAUGGCCGGACUCUAACUGAUUUUAUGCACACAAGAGGUCUUCGGAUGCGUUCUUUAGGAUAUGUUGUGAAGCUUUCAGAUAAAUUGUCACAUGUACAAUCUCUGUGUGUUCAUGAGAUGAUAGUAAGAGCCCUUAAGCAUAUCCUCCAGGCGGUGAUUUCUGCUGUUGCUACUGACACUGACAAAGUAGCUACAAAAGUAGCUGCUGCUUUGAACAUGAUGCUUGGGAUUCCUGAAUAUGUUGCAGCAGCACCACAUAACUCUUGGAAUGUACAUCCUCUGAUCUUCCGGUGGUUGGAGAAAUUCUUGAAGAAACGAUAUGAUUAUGAUCUUAAUGCCUUCAGUUACAAGGAUCUACGGAAGUUUGCCAUUCUCCGUGGAUUAUGCCAUAAGGUUGGUAUUGAGUUGAUUCCAAGGGACUUUGACAUGGAUUCUCCUGCACCUUUCCGGAAAACAGAUGUGGUCAGUCUUGUCCCAGUGCAUAAGCAAGCAGCAUGUUCAUCUGCUGAUGGAAGGCAACUUCUGGAGUCAUCUAAAACAGCUUUAGACAAAGGAAAGCUUGAAGAUGCAGUUACAUAUGGAACGAAGGCUCUUGCUAAACUUGUAGCAGUUUGCGGUCCCUAUCACAGAAUGACAGCCGGAGCUUACAGUUUACUUGCUGUAGUUCUAUAUCACACUGGUGACUUUAACCAGGCUACAAUAUAUCAGCAAAAGGCUUUAGACAUCAAUGAGAGGGAACUUGGACUUGAUCAUCCAGAUACAAUGAAGAGUUAUGGUGAUCUUGCUGUCUUCUAUUAUAGGCUUCAGCAUACAGAGCUGGCUCUCAAGUAUGUUAAGCGUGCGUUGUAUCUCUUACAUCUCACAUGCGGUCCAUCUCAUCCAAACACUGCUGCUACAUACAUCAAUGUAGCCAUGAUGGAAGAAGGUCUAGGAAAUGUACACGUUGCGUUGAGGUAUCUUCACAAAGCUCUCAAGUGUAAUCAAAGGUUGCUUGGUCCGGACCAUAUCCAGACUGCUGCAAGCUACCAUGCCAUAGCAAUUGCGCUCUCGUUGAUGGAGGCAUACCAUUUAAGUGUUCAGCAUGAGCAAACAACCUUAAGAAUCCUCCGAGCAAAGCUGGGGCCAGAUGAUUUACGUACUCAGGAUGCUGCUGCUUGGCUAGAAUACUUUGAGUCCAAGGCUUUUGAACAACAAGAAGCUGCGCGAAAUGGUACUCCUAAGCCAGACGCGUCUAUAGCCAGCAAAGGCCACCUAAGUGUAUCCGAUCUACUCGACUAUAUCAACCCAAGUCAUAACGCAAAAGGGAAAGAGAGUGUUGCAGCAAAGAGGAAGAACUAUAUUAUGAAGCUAAAGGAAAAAUCCAAGCAGAGCAAUGUUUCUGACCACUUGGCAGUGGCAGACACUCCGAGAGAAAAUCAAAAGGAGAUGUCUGAGGAGGAGACGGAAGAAACUGGAUCAGAAGAAGGUAAAUCAAGCGAAGACAAUCACGACACAAUUCUUGCACCAGUAGAAGAAUCACCUUCUCCUCCAGUCAUUGAGGAGGCUAUUAUGGAUAACAGUAAUCCAAUUACAUCUAGUGAAGUUUCAACUGAGCCACAACACCCUGAUGGCAGUGAAGAUGGAUGGCAACCGGUGCAAAGACCGAGGUCUACUGGAUCAUAUGGUCGCAGGAUGAAGCAACGACGAGCAUCCAUCGGGAAGGUAUAUACAUAUCAGAAGAAGAAUGUUGAAGCUGAUAUCGAUAACCCUCUUUUCCAGAAUGCUACUCAGCAGAACGGCAAAUACUACAUUCUCAAGAAGAGAACAGCAUCAUAUGCAAGCUAUGCAGAUCAUCAUUCUCCCGGUUUAACAACUCAAGGCACCAAAUUUGGCAGGAAGAUAGUUAAAACCUUGGCGUAUCGGGUGAAAUCGAUGCAGCCAUCUUCUGGUAGCACUAAGACUGCUGGUGAAACUUCAGAAGAAGAUGGGUUGAAGACAGAUGCUUCUUCCGUUGAGCCAUCUACUCUGCCUAGUACAGUGCAAAGUGAAGCCUACCACACGAAAAACUCUGUUGUAAGUCUUGGAAAAUCUCCAUCCUACAAAGAAGUAGCACUGGCACCACCUGGUUCCAUAGCCAAGUAUCAAGUCUGGGUUCCACAAGCUGAAGUUUCAGAUAAGCAAGAGGAUGAUGAGGUGGAGAAAAAAACUGAACAGAGUACAUCAAUGGAGCUUACAAGGGAUGAGAAAAUGAUUACAGGGUUAGAGGAAGAGGUGAUAAAAGAACUUUCUGCAGACACAGAAUCUAACAGAACUCAAGGCGAAGAAGAGAUCAAAGUAGAGUUACAACCAUCUGAAGGUGUAGUAGGAGGAAACCUUUUGAAUGAAAAUGAAGAAUCUGGAGGUGGCAUUCAGGUGGAAGAACAACUCGAAGCUGAAUUGAUAGACGACGGUGUAACAGAUAUGAUUCAUUCGACCAGAGAGCAAGAAGUGAUAGAUCAAUUAGCUGCCGAUUCCGAAGAUCUGAAGGCAAAACUGUUAAUAUCUACCACAGACUCAGGCGAUGCCUCACGAGGAUUGUUACCUAACAAGAAGUUGUCUGCGUCAGCUGCUCCAUUCAACCCAUCAUCACCUCCAAGUAUUGUACGUCCUACUCCAAUAGGCAUGAACAUUGGACCGUCGUGGCCAGUGAACAUGACUCUCCAUCACGGACCUCCUCCUCCUUACCCUUCACCUCCGACAACUCCAAACUUGAUGCAGCCAAUGUCCUUUGUUUACCCUCCUCCUUACACUCAAUCAGUCCCCACAAGUACUUACCCUGUAACAAGCGGUCCUUUUCAUCCCAAUCAGUUCCCAUGGCAGCUCAAUGUGUCGGAUUUUGUACCAAGAACGGUUUGGCCCGGAUGCCAUCCCGUUGAGUUUCCCCCUCCGCACAUGAUCACGGAGCCAAUAGCUGCAACUGUGUUAGAGCCAACUGUGAUUCUGCCAACGGAUAUUGACACUUCAGGGGUAGAAGAAGGAAACAAAGAAGAAGGCAGGCAAGAUGUGGCAGUCGCGAAUGAAGUUAUGGAUUCUGUUAACCAUGUGAACAACGCAGUUGCACGCAGUGAAAUGGAGAAUGGAAACCGGAAAUCCGAGGAUGGUGAGAAAACUUUCAGCAUUUUGUUAAGAGGGAGGAGAAACAGGAAACAGACACUAAGAAUGCCAAUCAGUUUACUUAAUCGGCCUUAUGACUCUCAACCGUUCAAGCUUGGUUAUAGCAGAGUUAUCAGAGACAGCGAGGCUCCAAAGUCUGUAGCUUGAAACACUCUCCAAAGAUUCAGCCAAUUCGAUGAAACGCAAAACUCACACACACAUCUAUGAUCUUUGCUGUUUCAUAGGGACAGUAUAAAGGUUAGCUUCUAAACUCUUAAAAUGAAUCUUCAAAGACAUGUAUGCAGUCAUAUGUAAUUUAACUUGUUGAUCUCUAAAUUCGCAGGUAGUUUCAUUAUCAGUCAUGAGAAACUGAGGCUUGUGAUAGCCUCGAAAUGAAGUUACAAUGAUUUG